UCACUGCAUAAUCCACCUGUCUGUCCUUUGUGCAAGUCUUGGAGAAGUGUACUCUGAAAUCAUGACAACAAUGAUGAAACUCAUAAACUUCUUGGGAGCAUCAUCUGCACUGCAGCACCGCUUGCUGCGCACAUUCCUAACAGAGGUAGAUGCUGCUUUUGAUGAUUUGCUCGUGCACAACAACGUCAGAUGGCUGAGCAAAGGCAGGGUCCUGGAGCGUUUUUGGGCCGUUAGAGAAGAGCUGCAAGUGUUUCCCAGUGUGUCCCAGCAAAAUAGCGCAAAAGCAAAACAGUUCCUGGAAUUUCUGCAAAAUGCUGGGAAAAUGGAAGCUGUGGCAUGUUUGGCUGAUAUAACCUCCCAUCUCAAUGACCUAAAUCUCAAGCUACAGGGGAAAAAGAACACAGUGUGUGAGCUGAUGUCAGAAGUCCCUGCCUUCCAGAGGAAGCUGGAGCUUUUCAAAAGUGACAUACAGGAGGAACUGCUCCACUUCCCCAAACUUCUGGAACUGACCAAAGGAGAGGGAGAUCAUCAGUGCCAUUUGGAAUUCUUGGAAAAACUCAUUGCAAAUUUCAAGACUCGCUUUGAUGGCUUCAUUUUGGGAAAACAAGUCCUGCUGUUCAUUGAAAACCCAUUCCUGAUCAGAAAUGUGAGUGUGUUCUCUGCAGAAGCAAAACAAGUCUUCCCAUGGGCCAGAGCUGCUUCACUGCAGACUGAGCUCAUUGACCCCCAAGAAAGUGUCGCACUGAAAGAGGCUCAGUGUGACGCCAUCACCUUCUGGUCAAAGCUGGUCAUUCCUUCCAAGUUCCCUCUGCUGCAUAAGAUGGCCUGUCACAUCCUCACAAUGUUUGGCUCAACAUACAGCUGUGAGUCUGCCUUCUCUACAAUGAACAUUGUGAAGAACAAGUACAGCAGCAGACUGACCAAUGAACACCUGGAUCAGUGUCUCCGCCUGGCCAUCACACCUUUUGUGCCAAAGUUCAAAGUCUUGGCUUCAACCCCAAGAGCCCAAUUCUCCCAUUGAGCAGUUGUCUUUUACACAAUGGGGAUGUACUGUACCAUAGUUAUAUUUGCACAUGAAUGAGAUCUGUUGAAGUCAUUUGUUUACCAGGGAUAGGAGGGUUGUGUUUAAAAGUAUUUAUUUUUUGUUAAAACUGAAAGUUUUAUUUAAGUUCUUAUUUAUUUUGUUUCAAAGAAAAUAUUUCAUGUAUUUUAUUGGAUAUUUAUUUUAUUUUUGUUAAUUUGAAGAAAAUGUUAAACUACUACCUACCCCCUGCUACUAUAUAAGCUUGACGGAUAAUAAACGGA